AUGAUGUGUGCCGAAGAGGUGAUGCCCUGCGAGAGUAAGUCUUCCAACGAAGAAGACACAGCAAGCAAGAGCUCGUCAGGUUCCUCCGCAUCAAUCUCACACCAACCGCACAACUGGGUUCACGCCUGGUACCACACGACGACCUCCGUACUUGGGGCGAUCGCUGUUGCCACGUUGCCCUUUUCGUUUGGCUACUUGGGCUGGUUUGCUGGCAUUGCAGUGUGGCUCCUCAGCACGCUUGUUUCAUACUACUCUGCCCGCCUGCUGAUCCAGCUUCAAGGUUCAGAAACAACAUAUUCCCAAAUUGCGGACAGAGUCAUGGGAGAUGGAUUUGCAAAGUGGUGGAUCCGUCCGUUUCAGUUCAUAGUCGUCUACCAGGUUACUGUUCUGACGGCACUAACGCUCGGGCAAACGUUCUUCGCCUUGGAUGAGUUGUUUUCGCCUGCAGCGCAUCUGAAAUCUUCAUGGUGGACCAUCAUAGGUGGCGCCUUCACUUUCCUGAUUGGGCUUUGCCCGAGCCUGUCACACAUGUGGCAGGUCAGCUGUGUCGGCAGCAUAGCAGUCGUGGUCUUCGUGGUUCUGACCUUCGUGGGGUGCGUCCUAAGCAUUCUUUCGCAAGAAACGGAUGUUGAUUUCGGCCGCCCCAAUGAUGGCGAAGGCUUCGUCUUCGGUGUUAUGAACAGCUUUGGGGUGCUCGCCUUCUCUUACGGCGGGCAUGCCGUCUUGCCAGAUUUGCAGGCAUCCUUGCGGUCUCCCACGGUCGAGCGAGCCCAUGCUGCGAUGAACAGAGGGCUCAUGGCUGCUUAUGCCGUUAUCGUACCAUGUUAUGCUGCUACGGCGACAGCAGCCUACGCUGCUUUUGGCGAGAACAUCUCCAGCUACCUACUGGACAACUUCAGCAAUCUUUCAGUUGCACUGUUGGCCUCCUUGCAAGUGCUGCUUGCGGUCAACACCCUUGCGCUGGGUGCAAUCUACAUACAGUCCGGCUUUGCUCUUGUGGGGGAUAUGUUCCCAUCACUUAGCAGCGAUGGUGACCGGUACAGCUGCAAGAACUUGUUGGUCGUGAGAUUGCCUUGGGUGGCCACUGCUACAUUCGUGGCUGUCGCGAUACCAUUCAUUGGUGAUUUGGCCUCGCUUUCUGGAGCGAUCGGCUUCACUGCUAUGACAUUUGUCCACCCCUUCGUUCUGUGGGAAAACUCGCCGCUCGCAAGAGGUGCACCAGCUUGGAGGAGAGCCUGCCAUGCCUUCUUGGCCUUUACCUUCGUAGUGCUCGGCCUGAGCAGUUUCGUGGGCUCUUUGUAUUUCAUCAUCAAGGCAAUUUCUGUCCCCUUGCUUUCAUCUGCUCGACCCGUGGGUGAGGAGCGAUACGGCAACCGAAGCGUGGCAAGUCAGCUUUUUCUGCGUCCCGGCACUCUGCCGACAGGAUACGUCAACAUCUACAGCCAAGUUUGUGUCAAUGCAUCCAAGAACCUCACGGAGACAGAGACUUUAUUAGGCCUGCUUCCAACCGAAGAGGUCUGUGGCUACACGACCUUCGCAGUCAACCACCUGUCACUCCCUGUGCCACCGCUAUCCCUUACCACUGAAAGGCCAUGGAGACGUGUCGCAGAAGUUGAUGAGGUCUUAGCUGCAGCAGCGGCCGGCGCCGAACUGCGCCUGGUGGGAACGCCACCCGCUCCGGGAGCCGCUCCGCAGGGCCCGCCCGUAGAGGCAGAGGGCGUGGACUCUUUGGCCAUCCAGCGUUUGCGGGCCUUGGAGGAUUUGGGAAACAAUGCAAUGCGUGUGGAGCAGCUGCAGUGUGGCUGGCUGGGAGCAGUGGAGCCCGAGGAUAGCACCACGGUGUUGGGGGCAAUCCUUCUGCCGCCCAACACCAGCACCUAUGCUCCACAAGUGCUCUCCAAAGCAAUGGCAGCCCUCAUUCCAGUGGUGACGUGGUCUGUGACAGCAGCGACACGCAAUGGUGCCGCCGUCGUUGUUGAGCCGAUACCCAGCCAACCUUCUGCUGGAGGUGGCUUUCUCAGCAUUGCGCCUGGGCAGCUGGCUCCGGGAUCCCAGAUCCACGUCGAAGUGGAGAUGGCCUUGGUUCCGCCUGGAGAUGCAGGCUCCGCCAGCUGCCCUGUGCCUUUGCGCACGAUGCGGCAAGAGGCAGUCCUGGCGGUAAACUUGCCGCCAGCAGCAGGCUACCUCAAGGUGGAAGAGAGCCAGGCGAACUCGCCGCUUCGGACACUUGUGCUGGAGAACAUGCGCUGGUCUUCAGAAGUUCUACCCCUUCAGUACCGCUUUGAGGCUGCCCACCUGCAAGCACAAGGCGAGCGUCGGUUGUUCCUGAGCGAUUGGUCCUACGAUCCCAAGCUGACUGUGGUCUUCAUUCCCCGCACAGAGGAGAAGCUGCUCUUGCGCGGACAGGUUCGAGACGGACGUGGUACUUUCGCAGCUACUGCGCCGGAGACGGUCCAGUUGAUCUCGAGUGCCUCUGAUGAGAGCGGGCUUCGUGCACUCACUGCGUUUCAACAGGGCCGAAUGUCAGCCGCCGACUACUCCUCAAGGAAGGUUGGGGAGUCAAUCGUGCAGAUCCAAGCAGCGGCUGCGGAUCUGGAGCCCCAUCAGCAGCUGCAACUCUGGCAGGAUGUGGCCUUUGCAGCAUUGAGCGAUGCUGACAACAUCACGGUGGGCAACUGCUCGAAGGAUUGUGGACCCAACGGAGCAUGUCCGGAACCGGACUACGUGGUGAUGGUCCGCAAUGCGGUGGUGGCGACGAAUGCCAGUCAAAACACCGCUGUUUCCGGCGAGCAAAGGCUGGUGCAGGUGCAGAGUUGGACUCGCUGCGCUUGCAGCAUCGGCUGGCAGGGCCAGGCUUGUGAGUCCCGGACCUUCGAGGCCCAGUCACAGGAACUCCUGACGGGUACGGUGACAGAGGCCCUGCAGGGCCUUCUGGGCUCAGCACACCAGCUGCAGGUGCUCGGGAUCACGUAUCAGCAAGGAGCACUGGCCAGGCUUAUGAGACUGCUCGGACGUCUUUGCGAGGACUGUCGGCGGGUCUCCUUGAACGUCUUGGCAUCCAUCACUGGCCUGGCAGCAGGCCUGGCGGCGACGUUACCAAAGUCUGCGCUGCGAGUCGCUGCCACAGACACAGCCGCCUUGAUGUCGCGGAUCUACGCAUGCCUCCCAGACGAGGCUCCGAGCAAGUCUAUGGCUCAGAUGCCAGCACCUGCUACGGUGCUGCUCACAGCAUUGGGCAGCAGUGAGGUUUGUCGACCCAUCAACGGGACAAAUACCACUGUCUGCUACGACCUUGCAAGCUCCGAGGUCCGGAUGACGUGCCCAUCGCCCGGAAGACAGUAUCAGGCCGAAAUCUACCUGAACCCCAGCACGGCCACAUCAAGCGGAGCGGAGGUGAGCUGUCGCGCCAACUUGAACUUGGGCCUUUCAGAGCCCUAUCCGUGUCCAUGCUCGGUGCCCGAAGGCACCUUCUUGGGCUUCGGGCGUUCUGGCAAAGAGCCGUCGCUGAGCGAGACCCUGGGUUUGAGAAACGAGAAGGACAUCCUCUGGCGAGAGCUGUUGAAGCUGUUCUGGAACAACACCAAGUACGGGGGAAACGGGAGCUCGAUUCGGGUUCCCCAGCCCGGGCCAGCCUUGGCGGCAGCUUUAUGGCUGGAGGAAACCGGUGCUCCCACGAGCGAAGUGUCAGCCGCUCUCGCACAGGCGGAGCACUGGCGCUUGGUGCAGCAGGGGACCUUGGCAGCGCUGCAGACUCUGGGCGAGAGCCUCGUCUCUGCCUUGCUGGCGGGAGUCCACCCUGGCCAGGCCGCUCGGAGCGUGGAUGCCUUGCCCAUGGUGGCAUCCUGGGCCGCCCCGAGUGUCAUGGAGACCAAUGCCUCGCAGGGGAGGCUGGGAAUCGCCGCGGUACCACUGGAUUCCCUCGGGACGCGGAUCGAGCUGGAGUACCAGGCGUCAGAUGAGACUAUCUCUGGCACUAGGCUUCCUGGUGCUCUUCCAUACAAGGUACCACUGGGGGCACUCAGAUGGAAGAACAAGAGUCAGAACCUGUACUCGAAGAUGGAUCCUUCUGUGCGUGUGCACAGUGAUGUGGUGCAGCUGCAGCUACUGGCGAGCUCGCAGCCUUCGGGUUCCAACCUGACCAAGCUUCGCUAUCACUUUAUGGUGCCUGAACUGCCGCGGCCGGAUCGGUGUGAGUCCCUGCGGCCCGCGAAGGACCGGCUGGAGCUUUGCUGCAAUGCUUCCCGCUCAACAGUAGGUUCGUUCUCUGAUUUCUCUUGCCUGCGUCCAUUCGCGUCCACCCAGUCGUCAGCUGUGCCUGCCCGACGCCUGGAAGACCGUGGUGGUAGUGACCAUGGGGCAGAUGGGCGCAGGAUCCAGAGUCAGGAGAAGGAAGCAGCCCUCGUGCAGCUGUUUGGCCGCCGUGUGCCGUUUCAAGCAGGACUCGAGGACCUGCUGGAGGAUGUGCAUAUUUGGACGGCGUCGACCCAACCGGUCAUGUUGGCAGGCACACGUCUUCGACUGCAGGGAGGAAACAUGAAGGUGCAGCGUGCCUGUGACAGCCGAGGCAAUGCGGCUGGACGGGUUCUUGUGCGAGAAGGUCUUCUCUUGCAAAACCCCGAUGCAGGCUGGUCAGCAGACGCAUGGUGCCGCACUGUGUUUGACCGCGCGCGGCUGCUACAGUCAUCUGUGCCCAGCUGGCAGACCUUUGCGGAUGCACUGCUCCAGGCAGCAGAGGAGGUGGAGGCGGAUCCGUCCCUGGUGCCAACCUCCAGCACUGUCACCACAAGCACGACAACAUCCAGAACAUCAUCCACAGUCACCGGGACCACCUCCACCUCCACUGGAACCCACACUAGCAACACCACCACGACCGCGACGAGCAGCACCAGCAGCUACUCAUCUACCGCACCCUUUACAUCAUCAACACGCACGUCCUCGAGCAGCACGAUGAGUCGGACCUCGACCAGAAGUCUUACCACAACGACAAGCUUUACGUUGAGUAGCACGAGCAGCACAGACUCCACCACCACCCAGAACAUCACCACGUCUUCCACGACCUCCGCAACAACGACAGAGAUACCCUGGUGCUCACGUGGAGACCAAGCUCAGACUGACACCUGGUGCCCAAGCGGGGUGACGCUGGAGACCGAGCUGCCCGUCUACGUUGAUGCUGAGCUUGCAGACGAGCAGGGCGUUCUACUUUUCGGCGUGUUUGGAGUGCAGCUGUCCAUGCAGGGAAGCUCUGCUUUGACAGUGGGACUGCCUGCUCCUGGCCAGUUGACCCUCCUGAGUAGAGAGCGGAGCCUCGUGUUCCUACAUGCCAUGGCUCUGAUCUAUGCGAGUUGGAUCGACUCAUGGGUGGAGGCACACGAGCUCUCUAAUGCCAGCUACGUUUUGAGACACUGGGCGCCAGAGCCCUCGACCUUGACCACCACCAGCACGACCUUUACCCGCAGCUCCUCCACGGCCACCACGAGCACCAGCACCAGGCCGGUGGUACCUUAUCCUCAGCCUCCUCAGGCUUCGGCCUCCGGGCCCGUCCUAUCGACCUUGGAAGUCGUCUUCUCGGAUCCCCUGGAGCUCUUGACUCGAGCCUUGCAAAUGGAUCUGGAGAACAACGACGGCCUGCCGAGGCUCACCGACAGCUCUGGAUCCCUGGCGACCCGUGGGAUGGCCACCUCGUCGCUGCUGCACAGCUGGUGUGAGGUGCCUGCGCUUGCCCCUACCCAGCGCCUGGCUGCCGUGCUGGCUGCUCUCGAGCCUGCGGUGCUCAACUUGAAUGAUACGACAGGCUCCAGACCGCUCCACACGGUGCUGGCAGCCUUGGAGGAGGGCCUCCCAUCAGAGUGGGAUGCCAGCUACUGGAGCAGUGCACCCGGUGGACCCGGUUGGGAACCGCCACUUCCAACUGCCACCUCCACGACUUGGACCAGCACAUCGACCAUCGACAUGGAGUCUCUGCUCUGUCCGGACGUGGAGUGCUUACCGCCUGCUGACUGCGGCCUGGAUCCUCUGAUGGACUUGGAGUGCGUGGCCUGGUCGGCGCCCUUGCGGCGGUUUGUGCCAGCCUUGGGCUGUGAACUCGUGGCCCAGCCAGGCCGUCAGUGGCCCAUUGUCCAGCAAGGUCGCUUGGAGGUCGUUUGCGAAUGUGAAGCUUGGGCGCUGCACCCUGCUAUGGCCGUGGCUUCCAAGCUGCCAGCCCUGACGCCGUUCCCGCCACAAGUGCAGAUCCAGACACGGGAAGUGGCCGUCUUCUGGUUGGACAAGGCCCACAGCUACAAUUUGCGCGGCCUCUUCGUUCCUCCGGUGUUGCUGCUGUUCGCGGCACUUCACCUUCUGCUGGCCACCUACGCUGAGGUCCGCUGGCGCUCGCAAGCGCGGUGGGUGGCAAUGCGCACCAUGCGGGCAAAGGGCAUCCAGGUUGAGGUGCAACAGCUCGAUGCUGAGGAGAAGGACUUCAUCCGACGACGCGCCGCGGAGAUCCGAGCCACAGGCGAGUUCAGCGCCGCCAUCUGCGCCGCCGAGGCGCAGGAGAUCGUACGACGGGCAGAAGGCCUCCCACAUGCGUCCACCCCGGCAGCAGCACGGCUGGACAUCCGACAGGCCAAGGAUGGCAUGGCCACGCUCUUCCAGGCGCAUGGCCUGGGAGACGUCGAAGACGACGAGGUUCGGAUGCCGCCUUCGGCUCUCAUGGGCCCAGGCGGCCUGCAGCCGCUUCCGGGCACGACCGUGGUGACUUCCUCCUUGUCUAAAGCCACCCCGUCUUUGCUCACACCCAGCGCGCGGAUGCCGAGUGCCACAGGAUCGCCCAUGCAAGCGCUCUCGCUGCGCGAUGCCUCGCUCCGCGAUGCUGCUCAAGAGGGAUUCCGUCCGGAGGAGGCAAUGAUCUCCUCCAAGCCGCCGACAAAGCCGAGGCGGGGGCUCCGUGGCUUGAUCGUCGACGCUAUUCGGAGGUGCAGGCGAAAGCACAUCUGGCGAGCCUGCCUCGCGCACCACAAGAUCCUCUUUCUGUCUGACGACUCACAGACCUUUAUCUUCAGUGCACCAGAGCGAGCUGCGAUGUUGCAUGCGAGCCUUUGGAUCAACGCGGUGUGGCUGUCUGUGGUGCUGGGUGGCUUCGAGCACCGUCGACCUUUUCAGGAACCCGCCUGCCUAAGAGAUGCUAGUGAGUUUCGCAUUGCAGAGGUUGGAUGCCUGUUUGAGUCUACCUCCGUGGGCCUUGCGGUGCUGGCAGCAGCGCUCACUCCUCCUGUGGCCGGAGCUCUGCAAACAUUCUGCCGGGGCCGGAGUUUCGUCGUGAGAGCGAAGGACCUCAGUGUCGAGGAUCGUGACAGAGCCUUCACGCGCCACUUUCUGGGUCCAUGGCCAUCUGUACUGAUGGCGCCAGCAGAAGCCAAGGUGCGCGUGUGGAAUGUCUUCUGCAAGCUCUGCCGCUUUUGCCCUUUCGGGUGCUGGCGGCCACGGCGGCGGAAGCUGCUCCCGCUCCACUGGUGGCCGUCCUUGGUGCUCCCCUGCCUGGUGCUGCUUAUUUGCCUCGUGGCGUGGAGACUGUGCUUCUACAUGUUCCACUUCUCCACCUCGAUAUACAUGUGGGAAACCACUCAGACGGAUCAGCCCGGGCGCAUUGAGAUCCAGCUCCCUCCGGAUGAGCAGGCGGAGGCCUCUGCAGCCAGUGCCGAUGAGAGUUGGCAGCCACGGCUGGUCUUAGUGCCAGAGAUGCAGCGCUACGUCGUACUGCUAGCGAUUAGUUGGUUGUUGAACCUGGUGCUUUUCGAGCCGCUGAUGCUGAUCCUGCACUUGUUUGUCGGAGAGCCCUCUGUGGAUGAAUGCUUGGGGCCUGUGCUGCCGAUUAUACUGCUAGUGCCACGGGCAAUCAGUUUCUGUUGCAGUGUGCUUGGCAAAUGUCUUGAUCGACUGGGCUCGUGCCUGCAGCGCUUCUGGCCAGAGAGAUUGGUCCUGAAGGUGAGAGGCCUCUGUGGGCCUCGCAGCAUCUGCAAGGGCUGGUGCCGUUGUCGAAGCUGCAAAUGGUGCCGCUGCAAGCGGACCGAAGUGGAGCCAAUCUCGCCGCCGGACUUGACAGAGACGAUCGAGUCCGAGGACGAAGACGAGGCCAGCGCUAUAGACAAUUCAUCCCAUGCCUGCACCGCAGUGGAUAUCAGCU